GCAGGAUGAUGGACAGCUGAGGAUCCGAAACAGCGAUCUGUGCUACUAGAGUGGAGCAAACAAUCCUACUACUUACGAGAGGAAGGAGAUCUGGAGCGCUUCUUCUCUCUUUCUCCCUUUUCGCGGCCGGGGAGGAGUUGAUUUUCGCAAGGCGCCUUCCGUGACACUUUUUCCCUCCAGAUAUCCGUUUCUCUGUAGUCGUUGCAAAGAGAAAGGAAAAAGGAAAAAAAAAACAGCGAGCCAAGAGGAGUCGGGACUUGGAUCUCGCGUGUUGUCCUGCCUCCAGCCGCCAGGAGCGGGGGGUGGGGGCUCGUUCGCAAGCGGUUGAACCUUGGAUUUCUCUCCUGAUCCAGCUUUUCUGCCCCCUCACCUGCCCCGUCUCGGAUACGUACAAGAAGACUGGCUUUCCAUCAAUAUCAGAGCCACGCGUUUCGUGCGAGGGGGACACCUCUCUUCCAAGGAAAGAGUUUUCCCCUCCCCCCCCUGUGAACGGACUCUGUCGGCGCUAGGUGGUGGUGGAGCAGCAAAAGGGGAACUUCGGUCGGAUCUGCUGUGUUGAAAAGAUCAGCUUUCCUUGCAAACUUUGUUAAAAGCUGUCUUUCCCUCUCCUCCCACCGGCCGCAGAUGUGCUCCACUAUGUAAAAGGAAGCGCAGCGACGGCCUCUCUCUAUCGCGACGCGGACCAUUCCGCUCUCCAGGUUACCCAGUUUGUGAGAAGGAACUCCCAUUUCCUCCAGAGCCAUGAUGCUAAUCCGAGAAGUCCUGCUCUUCCUUCAGUGCUGCUGGCCUCCUUUGCUGCUACAUUGGACACUCCACCCCAUGUGGGGCUUCAUUCAGAUUACUCAGGGUGAACUCCAGAAAUCAUGCUCUAAGCCUCUACUAGAGAAAACUAUAGAUAGUUGCCAACAUAUCUGCCAAUGUAGACCACCUCCAUUACCACCACCACCUCCUCCUCCUCCACCACCAAGGUUGCUUGGGGUUUCAUCUCCCACCGUUCCUAUUUGUCCUGCUGGAGCACCCUGGCCAAGUCUGGCUAUAAUUAUUGCAGCAUGCUGUGCCAUACCAGUGUUUCUCUUUCUAGUGUUCAUCAUUUGCUACAAAGCCAUAAAAAGGAAACCUAUGAGAACAGAAGAGAAUGGAACAAGUCAAGCUGAGUAUGCAAUGACAUCCUGUCAAAACAACAGGACAGUUGAUGCUAACAAUGCAGUGGCGUAAUUUCCGAAACCACCUCUUACAUAGUAAACAUUAAAAGCACACAUGGUAUAUGCAAGGUGGGUGAAAUGCAGCAUCAAGAGAAGACUUAUGGCCGAGGACUUCAUUUCAGAAAUAGCGUGCGCAUCAGAUAUUCUGAAAAGAAAAGCAGGUGACUCCUCCUUGGCUUGCUGAGUGUCACAAAAGGUGGGAUUGUACUUGGGGCUACUCUGAAAAAAGGAUUCACAGAGGCCUACUCACUGCAUGCUGGAUCUGUUGAAAGCAACAUUGCAGUGCCCCUUCUUCCUUUCUCAUCUUAGAUUGACUGUUUAUUUUUUUAAAAAUGCUUCAGUGAUCCUUUGAUGAUUAAGAGGGUGAUCUAUUCAAGACAGUAAAAUACCAUAAUUGGGCUUGCAAAUUCAAGCUUUGCAUUUUUCUGUUUAUUUACAGUCAUCAUAAGACCCAUCCUUUAUCAUGAUUAUAUUGUUAAAGUGGAAAAUUUCCAUUCAUUGAAAGGGAACAUCCCUCCCUGCCCAGUUGCAUGAAUGUAUCCCUUCCCAUACAAUCUGAUACUAGAUAUAGAUGCCACUACUACAGACAAAAAGGGAUCUCAGAAUGUCUUGUAGCAAUUAGCUUUACUAAUCAAAAGAAAAGUAUUAUCCAUAAUAGCAUUUUAAAGUGUUUUCAAUACUGUUAAUCCACAGUCCAGGAGCAUUUUGGGCCUUGGUGUUAAAAAAAAAAUCUAUAUUUGAGUUAAUCCAUUGUUAUUUUGCACUGUUUAGCACAUGUAUAUCCACCACACUAAUCUGUAGACAAGAUCUCUAGAAUGAUAUGAAAAUGUUUGAAUCUGGAGGACAACAAGCUGCAAUGGAAACAACUUCUUACAGACUUUCCUAUUCCUUAAGUAGCUCCUCCAAGUGACUAAAGAAUUUUCUGCUGUAGGGAAAAAGCUGUGAUAGUUUAGUCCCCUCUUUAACAAGGGGCUACCAACAGUGCCAAAAUUGUUCUGCGUUGUAUCAUUUUGUGAUAAGAAACCACAAACAGUUGAAAAGCAUAAUCCAACUCUCUAUUGUCACAGUGUCUCGUUAGGCACAGUCACUUUAAUUUAUAAAAGAACGUCUGAUGCUGUUAUUUGUCCAUACCUUGUUAAAGAAGUUAAAAUAUGGUUUCUGUCUUUCAUAUGCCUUCAUUUGUCACAGCUGCACCAGCAAAACAAAACAAAAAGAUGUGCUACGAUCUGGCUCUUGUCUUGCUGUCAAGCUUCAGUGAUAUUCUGUCUUUGUAUAUUCAAGCAGUCUAAAAGAAGCUGUAGCAGUGCUGUUGCCUAGAAUCAUGGCAUUGUGUCAGUCCUAAGAAGCUGGUAUGCUGGCUGAUUGUGACUAGGAUUGUCUCAGUGUAGAAUUCCAGUGCAUUCUGACUUACAGUCAGUUUUUCCAAUGAGAAUUGAAAAACUCUUAAAAGUGAGGGGUGGAAGCACAUCUGUGCAUUGGAUUCUACUGCUCCCUUACCUAGACAAAGUCACUGGAUAAUGGCGUCCCAGUUAAAUAUCAAAUA